GGGGAAAGGGUUGCGUUGUCAGAAUUUGAAGCCGCAUAGCGAAAGAAAGCAGUGCCAAUAGCAAAGAUGGGUCGGUUUUCUGCGGCCUUGGCCGUUGCGAGCUUGGUCGUCCUGGCUUGCGCCCUCCAUGUCGCAGAUGCCAAGAAGCCAUGUCCCUGCGCCCCYGGGACGAAGCGCUGCUGUAAGGACGGUCCCUGCCUGAAGUGCUGCAAGGAUUGUGAUUGUGGGCCCGGGAAGAAGUGCGUCAAGGGAGAGUGCAAGCCGUCGUGCGGCUGCCCGCCCGGACUGAAGCGAUGCUGCAAGGACGGUCCCUGCGUGAAGUGCUGCAAAGAUUGCGAUUGUCCCCGUGGGCAGAAGUGCGUCAAGGGGCAGUGCAAGUCCCCGUGCGGCUGCCCGAGUGGGCUGAAGCGCUGCUGUAAGGACGGUCCCUGCGUGAAGUGCUGCAAAGAUUGCGAUUGUCCCCACGGGCACAAGUGCGUCCAGGGAAAGUGCAAGCCGUCGUGCUGCCCCAAGGGUCUGAAGCGCUGCUGCAAGGACGGUCCCUGCGUGAAGUGCUGCAAGAAUUGUGAUUGUCCCCGCGGGCACAAGUGUGUCAAGGGAGAGUGCAAGCCGUCGUGCGGCUGCCCGCCUGGACUGAAGCGCUGCUGUAAGGGCGGUCCCUGCGUGAAGUGCUGCAAGGAUUGUGAUUGUCCCAGCGGGCAGAAUUGCGUCAACGGACAGUGCAAGCUGCCAUGCUGCCCCAAGGGACAGAAACGUUGUGUGCCCUGCGGUCCGUGCAAGAAGUGCUGCAAGGAUUGUGAUUGCGCCCAGGGAGAGAAGUGUCUCCUGGGAGAGUGCAAGCCUGACGGAAGUGCAACGGUCUCGACCGUACCAAUUGAGCCGCAAACAUGACGGAAGUGCUGCAAUGGUCAUCAUGGUGGGCGCUGGAAGAAGUGCGGUCAGUGACAGUGCAAGCCUGCGUGCAGGCAAUGAGCGGUAGGCGACCCUUGUCCGCUCGGUAGAAGGGUAAAUGCAGCGUAAUUGCUUUCCGUUGAGCACCAUCAGUAGAAACGGACGUAGUGCUAAUGCUGAGUCUGCAGUACGCUUUGUUGCAAACCAGCUUGCGUAGCUUACUAUGGUUCUGAGCUACCCGCGGGCUCUACAACUUGACGUGAACGAUUUAACAGAUUUAGCGGGAAGGCUUUUCCUUCGUAGGAAACAAUAGAGGACCGAGGUUUAUUCGCAUCCGCGAUGAUCGCCACUUGGUUACGGUCUUCAGUUUUCAUGACAAAAUAGUGCUGGGCUCAUCACCAACGCCCGGGACGCUGAAGUUCGGACUGCCGAAAAAUUGCCAGGCUGUGGAAAAGCCGUAGAACAACACCCGAGUGAAGGCAGUGUGCUCUUGGUUUCCCGCAGUCAUGCGUGACCUUCGCUUGAUAAGGCCUUAACAGGGCUGUCGAUAAUAAGUAAGUUGGUAAAGAGCUGAGUUCGACUGGUCGAGUCGGCACAACCACCGAGUUCCUUGGAACAUGUUCCUAUCGUUUUCAUAUUGUUACUAGGCUUGACUCCAGUGGAUCGAGCCUCGUCUGCUUUGCUGCUUGUUCUCUUGAUAGUAUGUUAAUAACGGAAUAAAUUUCUCGUUUUCGC